AUAUUUUUAGCCUAAAGGCUCCAGUGGUAGUCUACUACCCAACUUGACCUCCAACCUGUAUCUAGUAUCUAGAUACUGUAUCUUCAUACAGAUCCAACAACUGAAAGACUCUUUGUAGCAGACUAUAACAACAUGGCUACUGAAAGCGCAAUCGUUUCUCUUGUUGGUGGAGCAACCAGUGGGCUCAUCUGUACUGUCCUUUUCCAGCCUCUGGAUUUCAUCAAAACACAACUACAGGCAAAUAAAAGUUCUCCAAGAGGGCAUGGGUUGUUUUCAAGCAAAGCUCAACUCUAUAAAGGAUUAGUACAACGAUCAUGGUGGAUUGGUCUUAGGCCUUCUCUUGCGAAGACGAUUCCUGGAGUUGCCUGCUACUUUGUAACUUUGUCUCAGAUAAAAGAGAUGUUUGGUGCAGAUGUAGGACCAUCCUCUGCCGUGAUGAUAGGCGCCACUUCAAGAACAAUAACUGUCAUCUUUGUUCAACCUCUAACUCUUAUUAAAACUCGAUAUGAGAGUGGAAAGUUCGGCUACAAAAGUAUCCACGGAGCAGUCCGAGCUAUCGUGGCCCAAGAAAAGCUGCAGGGUCUAUACCGGGGACUGGGUGCAACUAUUGCACGUGACGCGCCCUUCUCAGGCAUCUACCUCGCUGUGUACACCCAUCUCAAGAAGAAUGCAUUUUCUGGAUCAGAUAGCGUGGUCAGUACGACUAUAUCAGGGCUAGCAGCCGGGUCUCUCUCCUCUCUCAUAACUCACCCAGCUGAUGUUAUCAAGACACGUGUCCAACUACAGAACAACUUGACCCAGCGUGUUGGACUCAACAAAAUCAUACCUGCACUUUACAAGGAAGCGGGUAUCUCUGGAUUCUACUCCGGAUUUGCACCGCGUCUGGCUCGGAGAACUCUUGUAUCCGCGACAGCCUGGCUGGUUUACGAGGAGGUCAAGAAACGUUCAUACCUCUUUAACACCAACCAUUAUUAAACCAAUUAGAGAUAGUCAGGACUCAGACAGACAUGUUCUAAUUUAUUUAAUUUCUUGGCACCCUGCCAAGCGUGACUUCUA